GUGGAAAUGAAGUUCCAGAGUUGACUUGACGCGGACGCCUGACGCCAUUUUAAAAUUACUUUUUAAACGUCAAAUUGGAAGGAAGCUUGCUGCAUGUUAUUUAUUUCAUAUUUUGAAUAGAUUUAUAUAAAACAAAUAAAAAAACGUUAAUUACUUUAAAUCUUUUAAUAAGUGUGCUUUUGUGAAAAAAUGGGUGAAGAAAAAGAUGGCAAAGACCGCGAGCGUGAACGUAGCAGAGAAAGAAACGAAAAGGACCGGCGAAAGCGCUCCCGUUCACGAGAACAUAGACGUAGGUCCAGAUCUAGAAGCCGGGAACGCCCUGAACGCAGAAGAAGGAGCCGUUCGGGGUCUCCAACAAGGCACAAGAACUCAUUUUCUAGAAGGCGUAAGCCUUCUCUCUAUUGGGAUGUGCCCCCACCGGGUUUCGAGCAUAUAACCCCUCUUCAGUAUAAAGCUAUGCAAGCAGCUGGUCAGAUCCCUGCCAAUAUUGUUGCUGAUACACCCCAAGCAGCUGUUCCUGUGGUAGGAUCCACAAUCACAAGGCAGGCCAGACGUCUGUACGUUGGAAACAUUCCAUUUGGGGUGACUGAAGAUGAAAUGAUGGAAUAUUUCAACCAACAAAUGCAUUUAAGUGGGUUGGCACAAGCUGCUGGAAAUCCUGUUCUGGCUUGUCAGAUAAAUCUUGAUAAGAACUUUGCAUUUUUGGAAUUUAGGUCCAUUGAUGAAACUACUCAAGCAAUGGCCUUUGAUGGCAUUAAUUUUAAAGGUCAAAGUUUAAAAAUAAGAAGACCCCAUGAUUAUCAACCUAUGCCAGGUAUGUCUGAAAAUUCCAUCAGUGUCCCUGCUGGUGUUAUUAGUACUGUUGUACCAGAUUCGCCACACAAAAUAUUUAUAGGAGGUCUACCUAACUACUUAAAUGAAGACCAGGUAAAGGAACUUCUCAUGUCUUUUGGACAACUAAGGGCUUUCAAUCUCGUCAAAGACACUGCUUUUGGAUUGAGCAAAGGUUAUGCAUUUGCUGAAUACAUUGAUAUCACCAUGACCGAUCAGGCAAUAGCAGGAUUAAAUGGAAUGCAACUUGGAGAUAAGCGACUAAUUGUUCAAAGAGCUAGUGUUGGAGCAAAGAAUACGACUGUGUUACCUGCAGUUCAAAUCCAGGUUCCAGGUCUAAGUUUGGUUGGCGCAUCUGGACCUGCUACAGAAGUUUUGUGUCUUUUGAACAUGGUUACUCCAGAUGAACUGAAAGACGAAGAGGAAUAUGAAGAUAUCCUCGAAGAUAUUAAAGAAGAAUGUAAUAAGUAUGGUGUUGUCAGAAGUAUUGAAAUUCCUAGGCCGAUUGAAGGUGUAGAAGUGCCAGGAUGUGGAAAGGUGUUUGUGGAGUUCAACUCGGUGUUGGAUUGUCAAAAGGCCCAACAGACUCUUACCGGAAGAAAGUUCAGUAACCGUGUGGUUGUGACGUCCUACUUUGAUCCCGAUAAGUAUCAUAGAAGAGAAUUUUAGGUUAAGUUUAGAUUUAAGAUUACCUUUAUUAUAAUGUUCUGAUCAGUUUAUGUGUAAUAAUAGCUAUUUCGAUUUGUUUAUAUUUUAAUUGACUAAAUAUACUUAUCUUUAGGUGUAUA